AGAGUGAACGAGCAAAGAAAUGAAGGGUAUGACAUAUGACAGGUCCAUGUGAAAGGUAAACAAGACCGUUCCAGCCCUGACUUGGGUUCUACUUAAAGGUCUGGGCUCCAUGACACCACAGUUGGAUCCAGGAACAGCUGCUGCAGGUGACCAUGUUUCGUCUGUAUUUCUCAUUCUUCCUUUGUGUGGUUUGGCUUGGACUGCUCUCUCUCACAGGGGCAGAGGAAAACCAAGCUGAAUCAAGGGAAAAAAGGAGUGUUCCUAACUGGGCAAUGACUUCUUCAGACUUUUUCGGCUGGAUUGAAGAGCUGCGUUCUCAUGGUGGUUAUGACAAGAUCGAGGAAUUGGCCAGAACUUUCUGGGCUCACUUUCCUUCUGCCAGCCGCCUGGGUUACGACCCUCCCGCUCCAGAAGAAUAACGCC